CUUAUACCAUCAUACAGCACACAUCUCACUACAUGCAUUAUAAACACCGUGGCUUUUUUUAUUUAAAAAACCUGAAUCUCUGAAUUUGAUAUAUCAGGUAAUUUUCGGUUUCGACCGAGUCAGCAAAAUGAAGUUCGUCAGGUUUAUAAUGAGGAAUGCUGCUUUGGCCAGUGCGCCUCAUCACAUUGAACACUUCUCCAAAUUUUCACCUUCUCCACUUUCCAUGAAACAGUUUCUGGAUUUUGGUUCCACCAACGCAUGUGAGAAAACAUCUUUUGUUUUCCUGAGACAAGAGCUGCCGGUGCGUCUGUCAAACAUCAUGAAAGAGAUCAACUUGCUCCCCAAAAGAUUACUUACCACACCUUCCGUACAAAUGGUUCAUAGCUGGUAUAUACAAAGUUUGAUGGAGAUCUUGGAAUUUUUGGAGAGAAGUCCAGAUGACCAAUGUGUAUUGGAAGAGUUUGUAAAUGUUCUGGUCAACAUCCGAAACAGGCACAAUGAUGUUGUACCCACUAUGGCCCAGGGUGUGAUUGAAUAUAAAGAAGUAUUUGGUCAAGAUCCAGUCACUAAUCAGAAUAUUCAGUAUUUUCUGGACCGUUUCUACCUGAGCCGGAUAUCAAUCAGAAUGCUCAUCAACCAGCACACUCUUGUUUUUGAUGGUGCUACAAAUCCAGUUCACCCCAACACCAUUGGCAGUAUAGACCCUCAUUGCCAGGUGGCAGAAGUUGUUAAAGAUGCAUAUGAAAGUGCCAGGAUGCUGUGUGAUCAGUACUACCUCAGCUCACCUGACCUGGUGCUUCAGGAACUUAACACUGAUAACAGAAACCAGCCUAUUAGCAUCGUGUACGUGCCUUCCCAUCUGUACCAUAUGCUGUUUGAACUGUUCAAGAAUGCAAUGAGGGCGACCAUUGAGAACCACAGAGAGGACGGUAAUCUUCCGCCCAUUCAAGUCAUGGUGGCCAUAGGAGGAGAGGACCUCACCAUCAAGAUGAGUGACCGAGGUGGUGGAGUUCCCUUCAGGAAGAUGGAGAAUCUGUUCAGUUACAUGUACUCCACGGCACCAAAACCCCAGAUAGAUGAAAAACAUAGCGCUCCUCUGGCUGGGUUUGGUUAUGGGUUGCCCAUUUCUCGACUCUAUGCCAAGUAUUUCCAGGGCGAUCUUCAGUUAUACUCUAUGGAGGGUCAUGGCACUGAUGCAGUCAUUCACCUGAAGGCUUUAUCCACUGACUCAGUCGAGAGACUCCCAGUGUUUAACAAGACAGCUCGGCGGAACUACGAAGUCACGCAGGGGGCAGAUGACUGGUGUGUCCCCAGCCGAGAGCCUCUGGACCUGGCUGUGUUCAGACUGGCCAAGUGAAAAGAAGGACGAAUCCUCAAGGAUGGAUAAAGGACGGUUCUGUGACUGACAGAGAUGAGUGCAUCGCGAUGGCCAUAGUUUCCAUAUGGCUGUGUCCCAACUCACCACUCACUGUGAAGCCACGUAGUCUCUCAGAAAUACUGUAGAUGUCGCAUGCGAUUGGAUUCCUCAGCACCAUGAUUAUAAUUUAGUUUUUUUGUUUUAAGGUUUGAAAAACUAGGCUUUGUCACAGUGUUACCUUAAAUAAUUCUAACUCGUAUGAAGUGGGACGGAGUGCCAGUGCCAGGUUAAUCUGCACUUAAUAGCUCUUUCUUUAUUGGAAGACUGUUUUAAGUGGAAGUUCCAGUGUGAAGUGAGUCAGACAGACAGUUUACAGAGGUCUUGCUCACUGCGUUAGAGAAAUGGACCGGCUAGACUAGUGGAACCAGAAUGUACCAACAGGCCUAUGCCAAGGAUUCAGAGACAGGGUGGUAAAAACCAAUAUGCAACCUGUGGUGGAUCAUUUAUGUUAAAGUCUACUAGAAUGACUGCAUUGCAAUCAAUCAAGAGACAUUUGUAAUUAAAUGACUGAUUGCUGCUGUAGGGGUAUUCCUGUUCAGAACGGCCAGAAGAGAAAGGCCAUGGUUUUGAGUAUUAGUGUGUGGCCAAAUAUGUCUUUGUGAUCCAUGAUGUGUAAGAGUUUAAGAAAGAACCAGUUAGGACUAGAAUGCACCAAUAAACUCAUUGAUUUAGACUUGAAACACAACUUAUGCACGAGCAUUUCAAACACAGUGUUUUGUGCAUGUUUAUUUUUGAACAUGCUAAAGCAUUUUAGAUACCUCAUUGACUGAAGUUAGUUUCUCGAUGUCAACGCGACGACCUUUGCUCAGCUGUUGCCUUUCCGGUUUUCUGGGCCUUUGGCCACUAGCUCUCCCUGCGAAUAUUAUAUAGCAUGAAAUCAGAGCUUCUAAUUUUAAGCCUUCUCUUUUGAGAGCAUGCCUACUGUAUUAAAUCAACCAUCUGCUUUGAGCUUGUACCAUACAACCUUACGUGUAAGGACCAUAUUUUGUGUAUUUAUAUUUUUGUUGCGUUACCCUUGAAAAUCUACAUUUUAUUUUUAUAAUAAAUUUUUCAUCUUAAGCAAAUGAUGUGUACAGAAUGGAAAUAAACACAUUUUUUGUGGAAAUGCUA